CAACUGGCCUAUGGGGAAGAGAUUCUCUUUCCAUCGAAAACGAUGUAACAACGGCCGUUUAUACAAAAAUAUUAUAUGUAUAUAAUUUCCCGGCAUCUCGGCAGCGACUGCGUCAAUGAAGCUGUUUCGUACAGCCGCCAAUUCUGCGUGCAGACCAAGCACGCAUCACCUGCGACGCAAUAGCAGCUUUCGACGGAUCUCGCUCUCGGCGUCGCCCACAAGAAGCCGCGGCUCUCUGAGCAGCGUUCCAUCAACGCCAUGGUCUCAAAUGACAUCGGAUAGCUGUGCAAAUAGCGGAAAUGGGGAAUCAGCAGCCAAGAGGGCCGCUAAGCCGCCAAAGACGGCUUACAUCGCCCUAGGAAGUAAUAUGGGGGAUAGGAUUGGGAUGAUCGAACAGGCCUGCAAUUCCCUUACAUCACGUGGCAUUACCGUGAAAAGGACGAGCAAUCUGUGGGAGACAGAGCCCAUGUACGUCCUCGAUCAAGAUAACUUCAUCAAUGGCGCCUGCGAGGUAGAAACUACAUUAGAGCCCCUUGAACUCUUAGAUGAGCUUCAAGACAUUGAAAACUCCAUGGGCCGUCACAAGGUCAUUGACAAGGGACCUCGCAACAUCGAUUUGGAUAUCCUCUUGUACGAUAAUCAAGUCAUACACCACAAGCGGCUCGAUGUCCCGCACAUUGGCAUCCCUGAGCGCGAAUUCGUUCUCAGGCCCCUCGCUGAACUCAUCCCAGACAAACCCAUCCAUCCAUCAAAACCCUGGAAAAUCACGUUGGACUACCUCAAUGCCUUGCCGUCGUCUUCCCAACCCAUGUCUACCAGCACGCCACUUGGCUCUAACACAGCCUCAACCCUCUAUCCCCUCCGCCCACAUCGCCAAACCUCCAUAAUGGCCAUCCUCAAUCUAACACCCGAUUCCUUCUCCGACGGCGGCCUUCACACCAGCGCCUCCUUGGACGAAACAAUCGACACCUUCAUCCGCGGUGGUGCAUCCAUCAUCGACAUCGGCGGCCAAUCCACCGCUCCCAACACCCCCUCUGUCACCGCCGACCUCGAAACCUCCCGCAUUCUCCCCGCCAUAGCCGCUAUUCGUGCACACCCCCUCGGCUCCAACGUCACAAUCAGUAUCGACACCUUCCGCGCCCCCGUCGCCUCAGCUGCCAUCGCCGCCGGCGCCGACCUCAUCAAUGACGUUUCAGCAGGCCUCCUCGACCCCGCCAUGCUUCCCACCCUCGGCCGCCUCGGCUGCACAGUCUGCCUAAUGCACAUGCGCGGCACACCUUCCACCAUGGACUCCCUAGCCACCUACCCCAACGGUCUCAUCCCCACCAUCGCGGCCGAGCUGCUCGAUCGCGUUGCAGCCGCUGAGGCAGCAGGCGUGCGCCGCUGGCGCAUCAUCCUCGACCCCGGCAUCGGGUUCGCAAAGACGCAGGACCAGAACCUCGAGAUUCUACGAAGGCUGGGCGAGCUACGCGACUGGCCUGGCCUGCGCGGCUUCCCGUGGCUGGUUGGCAGCUCACGGAAGCGCUUUGUGGGUCGAAUCACGGGCGUGAAGGAGGCGAGGGAGAGAGUGUGGGGGACAGCAGCUACGGUGGUGGCGGCUGUGCAGGGGGGUGCGGAUAUCGUGCGGGUGCACGAUGCGGUGGGGAUGGGGCAGGUUGUGAAGAUGGCGGAUGCGAUUUGGAGAGUCUGAAG